AUGAAGAGGUGGUCUGUCAGCAGCAGCCUGCGGAAAGAAGCGCCAGCAGCCCAGCAACCCUCCCGUCCCCCUGGAUCGCCCCAAAGCAGCAACGCGCUGCGGGGAAUCACAGAGGACCCAGCCCGUGGGUCGCCAAAACAACAGCAGCAGCAGAGGCAACAGCCCCGUCCCGGCGGCGGCAACAUGGCCUCGGCUGUUAACGUUUCGGAGCCGGAGAGUAGCAGCGGUGCUGGUGGCGGUGGCUGCUGCAGAGACCUCGAUCGGCCGGGGAGAAGCUGUAGCAGAAGGCGGAGAAGGACCGGAGGGAACAGACGCGCCGCGGCACCGGAUCUGGAGUAUCUGCAGCGGCCAAGCUACUGCGAUGCAGCUUUUGCCUUGGAGCAGAUUUCAAAGGGGAAGGCUACUGGAAGAAAAGCACCGUUGUGGCUAAGAGCGAAGUUUCAGAGACUAUUAUUUAAACUGGGCUGUUACAUUCAAAAAAACUGCGGAAAGUUUUUGGUUGUUGGCCUCCUGAUAUUUGGGGCUUUCGCUGUAGGAUUAAGGGCAGCUAAUCUCGAAACCAACGUGGAGGAGCUCUGGGUAGAAGUUGGUGGACGAGUGAGUCGGGAGUUAAAUUACACGCGCCAGAAGAUUGGAGAAGAGGCCAUGUUUAAUCCCCAGCUCAUGAUUCAAACACCACAAGAAGAUGGUGCUAAUGUACUAACAACAGAAGCACUCAGACAGCACCUUGACUCUGCACUUCAAGCCAGCAGGGUACACAUUUAUAUGUACAACAGACAAUGGAAAUUGGAACAUUUAUGUUUUAAAUCAGGAGAACUUAUCACAGAAGCAGGGUACAUGGACCAGAUUAUAGAAUAUCUUUAUCCUUGUUUAAUCAUCACGCCUUUGGACUGCUUCUGGGAGGGGGCAAAGUUACAGGCAGGGACUGCCUAUCUAUUAGGGAAACCUCCUUUGCAGUGGAUAAACUUUGACCCCUUAGAAUUCUUGGAAGAGUUAAAAAAAAUAAACUAUCAAGUAGAGAGUUGGGAGGAGAUGCUGAAUAAAGCAGAGGUUGGUCAUGGUUAUAUGGAUCGACCUUGCCUGAAUCCUACUGAUCCCGAUUGUCCAGUCACAGCCCCCAACAAAAAUUCAACCAAACCUCUUGAUGUGGCCCUUGUUUUGAGUGGUGGAUGCUACGGACUGUCAAAAAAGUACAUGCACUGGCAGGAGGAGUUGAUUGUAGGUGGAACUGUCAAGAAUGGUACUGGAAAACUUGUCAGUGCUCAGGCUUUACAGACCAUGUUUCAGUUAAUGACUCCUAAGCAAAUGUAUGAACACUUCAAGGGGUAUGAGUAUGUUUCACACAUCAACUGGAAUGAAGACAAGGCAGCCGCAAUUCUGGAAGCCUGGCAGAGGAUGUAUGUUGAGGUUGUUCAUCAAAGUGUUGCACAAAACUCUACUCAGAAGGUGCUUUCCUUUACUACAACUACUCUGGAUGACAUCCUAAAAUCAUUUUCUGAUGUCAGUGUUAUCAGAGUUGCUAGCGGCUACUUAUUAAUGCUUGCCUAUGCCUGUUUAACCAUGCUGCGGUGGGACUGUGCCAAGUCCCAGGGUGCCGUGGGGCUGGCAGGAGUCUUGUUGGUUGCACUCUCAGUGGCUGCAGGAUUGGGCCUGUGCUCAUUGAUUGGAAUUUCCUUUAAUGCUGCCACAACUCAGGUUUUGCCUUUUCUUGCUCUUGGAGUUGGAGUAGAUGACGUUUUCCUUUUGGCACAUGCGUUUAGUGAAACGGGGCAGAAUAAGAGAAUUCCAUUUGAGGAUAGAACAGGUGAAUGUUUGAAGCGAACAGGAGCAAGCGUCGCCCUUACAUCUAUCAGCAAUGUUACUGCCUUCUUUAUGGCUGCCUUAAUUCCUAUUCCUGCUUUACGGGCAUUUUCACUCCAAGCUGCUGUUGUUGUGGUAUUCAACUUUGCCAUGGUUCUGCUAAUUUUUCCUGCUAUUCUAAGCAUGGACCUUUACCGUCGGGAGGACAGGAGAUUGGAUAUAUUCUGCUGCUUUACAAGUCCAUGUACUAGCAGAGUGAUUCAGAUUGAGCCUCAAGCAUAUGCAGAUAAUGAUAACACUCGCUACAGCCCUCCACCACCCUACAGCAGUCACAGUUUUGCACAUGAAACUCAGAUUACAAUGCAAUCUACAGUGCAGCUGCGCACAGAAUAUGACCCUCAUACCCAGGUGUACUACACCACAGCAGAGCCCCGCUCAGAAAUAUCUGUGCAGCCAGUCACAGUGACACAGGAUAACCUCAGCUGCCAGAGCCCAGAAAGCACAAGCUCGACAAGGGAUUUGCUUUCCCAGUUUUCAGACUCGAACAUGCAUUGUCUUGAGCCACCCUGUACUAAAUGGACGCUCUCAUCUUUUGCCGAAAAGCAUUACGCUCCAUUCCUGCUAAAACCAAAAGCCAAGGUUGUGGUUAUUUUCCUUUUCCUGGGUUUACUUGGUGUCAGUCUUUACGGUACUACCCGGGUGAGAGAUGGACUGGAUCUCACAGACAUUGUACCACGGGAAACCCGAGAAUAUGACUUUAUUGCUGCACAAUUCAAGUACUUCUCCUUCUACAACAUGUAUAUAGUGACACAGAACGCAGACUACCCCAACAUCCAGCACUUACUUUAUGACCUUCACAAAAGUUUCAGCAAUGUUACAUAUGUUUUGUUGGAGGAAAAUAAGCAGCUUCCCAAAAUGUGGUUGCACUACUUUCGAGACUGGCUGCAAGGUCUUCAAGAUGCAUUUGACAGCGACUGGGAAACUGGGAAAAUCACAUACAACAGUUAUAAAAAUGGAUCUGAUGAUGCUGUUCUGGCCUACAAACUUCUGGUGCAAACAGGCAACCGCGACAAGCCCAUCGACAUCAGUCAGUUGACUAAACAGCGUCUGGUGGAUGCAGAUGGAAUCAUUAACCCAAAUGCUUUCUACAUCUACCUGACAGCCUGGGUUAGCAAUGACCCCGUGGCCUAUGCUGCCUCUCAAGCCAACAUCCGGCCUCACCGUCCAGAAUGGGUCCAUGACAAAGCAGACUAUAUGCCAGAAACAAGGCUGAGAAUUCCAGCAGCUGAGCCCAUUGAAUAUGCUCAGUUUCCUUUCUACCUCAAUGGAUUGCGUGAAACUGCUGACUUUGUGGAAGCUAUUGAGAAAGUGAGAGCUAUCUGUAACAACUACACCAGCCUUGGGGUCCCCAGCUACCCAAAUGGAUACCCAUUUCUUUUUUGGGAACAGUACAUUGGGCUUCGUCACUGGCUCCUCUUGUCUAUUAGCGUGGUUCUGGCUUGCACAUUUCUGGUGUGUGCCCUCUUUCUCCUGAACCCCUGGACGGCUGGGAUCAUUGUGGUGGUGCUGGCUCUGAUGACCGUGGAGCUGUUUGGCAUGAUGGGUCUAAUUGGAAUAAAGCUGAGUGCAGUGCCUGUGGUCAUCCUGAUUGCUUCUGUUGGCAUAGGAGUGGAAUUCACUGUUCAUGUUGCUUUGGCAUUUUUAACCGCCAUAGGAGACAAGAACCGCAGGGCUGUCCUUGCAUUGGAGCACAUGUUUGCACCAGUAUUGGAUGGAGCUGUGUCUACUCUGCUUGGAGUGUUAAUGCUUGCAGGGUCCGAGUUUGAUUUUAUUGUCAGGUAUUUCUUUGCUGUUUUGGCAAUUUUAACCAUUCUGGGAGUUUUAAAUGGAUUGGUGCUGCUUCCAGUUCUUCUUUCAUUCUUUGGACCAUAUCCUGAGGUUUCUCCAGCUAACGGACGGAACAGGUUGCCUACUCCAUCUCCUGAGCCUGCCCCUAGCAUCGUGAGGUUUGCACUGCCACCUGGACACACAAAUAAUGGAUCAGAUUCAUCUGAUUCCGAGUACAGUUCUCAGACUACAGUGUCAGGAAUCAGUGAGGAACUCCAUCAGUACGAGGCCACUCAGAGCUCUGGUGCACCAGUCCACCAAGUAAUAGUGGAAGCAACUGAGAAUCCUGUCUUUGCCAGAUCGACUGUGGUUCAGCCAGAGACAAGAUGUCAUCAGCCAAGUCCAAAAUUACAGUCUAAUCCAGAAGCUGGGUCCCAGCAGACAUGGCAUCAUAACAGACAACCUAGACGAGAACAGAGGGAAGGACUACGACCACCCCCUUACAGGCCGCGCAGGGACGCUUUUGAAAUUUCUACUGAAGGGCAUUCUGGACCUAGCAAUAGGGACCGCUCGGGCCAUAGGGCUCGCUCUCAUAACAUUAGAAGCCCAGCAUUCACUGCCAUGGGUACUUCAGUGCCAGCAUACUGCCAGCCUAUCACUACUGUGACUGCCUCCGCUUCAGUUACUGUUGCUGUACACCCUGCUGUGCACAGCCAUAACUCUCAUGGAGGAGGCUUUCCAUCUUACGAAGGAUACCAUGAAACUGACCAUGGAACAUUUGAGGACCCCCAUGUGCCUUUUAAUGUACGGUGUGAGAGGAGAAACUCUAAAGUAGAAGUAAUAGAACUGCAAGAUGUUGAAUGUGAAGAAAGGACAAAUGGCAACAGCUCAGAUUAA